AUGAUCAUAAGCGCCUGGAAUAUAAGGGGGUUGAAUAAGCCCUAUAAACAGAAGGAGUUAAGACUCUUUCUGCAAAAGAAUAAAGUAGACAUUCUUGGACGUCUAGAAACUAGAGUAAAGAAAAAUAAGGCAAAUAAUAUAGUGAAUAAGGUAGCCAAAGAUUGGGGAUAUUGCUGUAAUUAUACUAAAGCUAUAAAUGGAAGAAUUUGGUUGUUAUGGAAGACAAUCUUGAUUGUAAAGAUAGUCCACAUUCAUGAGCAAUUCAUUCACUGCUCAGUGGAAGAUCCAGUAACCAGUUCCCAGAUCAUGUUGACAGUUGUCUAUGCUAGGAACAAGGUGCAGGAAAGGGUAAUUCUAUGGCAUGAUUUGCAGCUGGUAGAGGGGCAAAUCCAAGUGCCUUGGCUCAGAAGUGGAGAUUUCAAUAAUGUCUUAACCACAGAUGAUAGGUUAGGACAACCAGUGACAGCAAGUGAGGUACAGGAUUUCAAGCAAUGUAUUGACAAUAUGCAGCUAGCCCCAUUAAGAACAAAGGGAUGUUUUUAUACAUGGUGCAACAAGCAGAAUGCAAAUGAUAGAGUAUACAGUAAGAUUUACUGGGCUUUUGGCAAUUUCAGCUGGACUAAAAACUAUGGGCAUUUGGAAGCUGACUUUCUAGAACAUGGAGUUUCUGACCACUCUCCAAUUAUUGUUCAAAUAUGGAAAAGAAGAACUAUUCAUCCCAAGCCAUUCAAGUUAUACAUGGUAACAAUGGAGCAUAAGGACUUUAGGGCUAUGGUGGAUAGAGUAUGGCAACAACAAGAUGAGCAAGAUCCUAUGACUACUAUAUGGCAGAAGCUACACAAACUAAAAGAUGAGGCCAAAGGACUGAAUAAGGAGAUGGAAAGUUAUGAGCAAAGAUUGACUCAAAUAAGGCAGAGAUUGGGAUGCACUCAAGCUAAUUUGACCCUUGAUCCUUUUAAUCAGAUGUUGAUAGAACAGGAGAAACAGACUAUGAAUGAAUUGGAGAAAUGGAGUACUAUAGAGGAAAGGAUACUGAGGCAGAAGUCUAGAGUAACAUGGAUUGAUUAUGGUGAUUCAAAUUCUAAGUACUUCUAUGCAUAG